AUGGUCAAGAUCUACAAGCCAGGAAAGGUCGCCAUUGUGCUCCAGGGCAGGCACGCAGGAAAGAAGGUUGUGGUGAUCAAGCAAUUGGAUGAUGGAACCAAGGAGCGCCGCUACCCCCAUGCUAUCGUAGCUGGUAUUGAGAGGUACCCGCGCAAGGUCACCAAGCGCAUGGGUGCAAAGACCUUGGCAAAGAGGAAAAAGAUCAAGCCUUUCAUCAAGUCUGUGAACUACACCCAUCUGUUCCCCACCCGAUAUGCUGUCGAACUCGAGAACUUGAAGGGCACCGUUCAGGCUGAGACCUUCAAGGAGCCGAGCCAACGCGAGGACGCAAAGAAGAACAUCAAGAAGAUGUUCGAGGAGCGUUAUGAGACUGGAAAGAACCGCUGGUUCUUCACUCCUCUCAGGUUCUAG